AUGAGAUCACACAAGAGGCACCCCAUUGCACUUAGUCCCCUGCAGCCCUUAGCCCACACAAGAGGUGCCCCACCACCCACAGGCCGCGCAAGAAUCGCCUGGUCUCCCAUAGCCAGGGCAAGUGGCCUCUCACCACCCAUCGCCUGGGCCAGAAGCGCCCUGCCCCCUGAGAGCCCGCAGAUUUUUCUGUCCGCAGUUCGAGGUUUUUCUUCGGAAGAAGAUUUUGAGAGGUACAUUAUGUUUGUAAAUAAGACCACUCGUGUGCUGGCUGCUAUUAUAUUUGAUCAUGACUUCCAAAAUAGCAAUGAGAGAUUGCCACUUAAGGUAAAAUAUCGUCUGCGUUUUAGUAGGUUCAGUAGUCCUUCAGAUAAGUUAAAUGGAAACAGUGGCUGGAGUACAGGUCUUCUCUUUCCGGUAGUACCUUCUCAAGGACCCAGGAACCUAGCUCAAACAGAUGGAGGAUAUCCUGGGUAUUAUAAAGGAGGAUUCCUGCUUGUGCAGCAUGCCGUAGAUAAGGCCAUCAUGAUAUAUCAUAAUGACAGAGCUGCAGAAAUGCUGUUUGAAAACCUCACCGUUUUUGUUAGGAGAUUUCCAUACCCUGCUCAUUAUAAUGAUAUGUUUAUGAGGACUUUUGCAGCUAUCUUCCCUUUGGCAGUUAUACUUGUAUUUUCUCUUACUGAACUUACCCUUCUCAGGACCAUUGUUAUGGAAAAGGAAAACAGAUUAAAGGAGUACCAGCUCAUGAUAGGACUUAAUAAUGCUAUGCUAUGGGCUUCCUAUUUUGUCACAUUCUUCUUGAUGUUUUUAAUUAUCGUCUGUUUAAUGUGCGUGGUUUUAUUUGUAAAGAUUGUACCUGAGACAGUCCUCCAAUACAGUGACCCAUCUCUCAUCUUUGUCUUUUUCCUGUGUUUCAUCACUGCCUCAAUAACCUUUGGCUUUCUGAUUACCACAUUCUUCAGUAAAACUACAUUGGCUGUUUCUGUUGGAGGUUUCCUCUAUUUUUUCACCUUCUUUCCAUUUUCAGUAGUUUCUAUCAUGUAUGCACAGUUGAACCUCACAGAGAAGCUGGUGUCCUGUCUCAGUUCAAAUAUUGCUGUAGCUUUGGGAAUUGAUUUUAUAAGCAAGAUGGAAAUGAAGCGUCGUGGUGUUAGGUGGAAUAACAUACUGUCACCGGUGAACCCAGAUGAUAACUUCGUUUUUGCUCAUAUUAUGGGAAUGCUUUUAUUUGAUGCUUUCUUGUAUGGCCUUCUGGCCUGGUAUAUAGAUGCUGUCUUUCCAGGAAAGUAUGGUGUGCCCAAGCCAUGGUAUUUCUUUAUGCAGAAAGCCUACUGGCUGGGAAAAGCUACAAGCAUUCGGAAAAAAGAAGAGAGUCAAGUUACUAAUAUAACUCACAAUGCUUAUUUUGAAGAAGAACCUGUUGGUUUGGUGGCUGGUAUCAUGAUCCAACAUUUGUAUAAGGAAUUCACAUUACAAAAUACGACUGUACUAGCAGUUCAAGACUUGACUUUGAAUAUGUAUGAGGGACAAAUCACCGUUCUUCUAGGACACAAUGGGGCAGGAAAGACUACUACCUUAUCUAUUCUCACAGGUUUCUAUCGUCCUACAAGUGGAAAGGUAUAUAUUAAUGGAUAUGAUAUUUCCAAAGACAUGCUUCAAGUCAGGAAAAGCUUGGGCUUGUGCCCCCAGGAUGACAUAUUGUUUUCAGACUUGACAGUAUCAGAACAUCUCUAUUUCUACUGUGUGAUAAAAGGAGUACCUCCAGAGAUACGCCUCAAAGAAGUUAACUCGAUGCUGACUUCUUUUGGCCUGCUAGAAAAGCGUGAUGCUCUUUCAAAGUCACUAAGUGGAGGAAUGAAACGCAAACUCUCCAUCAUCAUAGCACUUAUAGGAGGCUCCAAGGUGGUGAUACUUGAUGAGCCAACAUCUGGCAUGGACCCAGUCUCAAGGAGAUUCACCUGGGAUGUCCUUCAGCAGCUUAAACAAAAUCGUACCAUCUUGCUGACAACCCACCACAUGGAUGAAGCUGACUUCCUGGGCGACCGUAUAGCUAUCAUGGCAAAGGGAUACCUGAAAUGCUGUGGCUCUUCAAUUUUCCUGAAAAAAAUUUAUGGUGUUGGAUACCACAUAAUUAUGGUCAAGGAACCUCAUUGCGAUGUUAAGGAAAUUACCCAACUGAUUCAUCAUCAUGUACCAGAAGCCAUAUUGGAGAACAAUGUUGCAGCCGAAUUAUCAUUUAUCCUACCCAAAGAGUAUACACACAGGUUUAAAGACCUAUUUGCUGAUCUGGAAGACAGACAGGAAGAGCUGGGCAUUGCUAGUUUUGGUAUAUCUAUCACUACCUUGGAAGAAGUUUUCUUUAGAUGUGACAAGAACCUGCCCUGGAUAUUGAGCAGGGCUUCCUGUUUGCUCUCUGGUUGUCAGAACCUUGUAAGAGAUAGGGUCUUCUCCCUGGUCGUUGGGGUAGAAGCCCUCAGGGUCAGUAGAGAAGAAAAUCUAGCUUCCCAGACCCUAAAAGCUAAAGAUGAAAGAGAAGACAUGAACAAGAAUAUGAACGCACCCAGAAGUUUUGAGAGAUCAUAUUCUUCCUCACUCUCGAGUGAACGCUCUAAUAUUAAAUUUAAUACUGGGCAGAGUUUGGUGUUUUUAGCCAGAGAAGACCAGUGGACUCUUCACUGUCAGCAGUUCUCUGCCAUGUUCAUAAAGAGAGCAAUGUUCUAUUGGCGCAACUGGAAAAUAAUGUUGCUGCAAAUACUAGGACUUCUGGGUAUUGUUUAUUUGUUGAUGAAAGGUGUGCAGAUUAUAAUAAAAGGUGAAGAACCUGGCAGAGAAAUGGAUUUGGACCAAUAUGGUCAGACAAUUGUGCCCUUCUCAACUUCUGGAAAUAAUGAUUUUACUCAGAAUUUAACAAAAAAUCUUGAGAUCUUGCUAAGGGCUAAGAAACAAAAACUUCAUAAAGUAAAAGGUCGUAUGGAUGCAUAUUUGGCCAAUAAUUCAGAAUGUAUUUAUUCAUGCAUUAUUGCAUUUUCCAUUGAGGUUAAUGGAAACCAAAAGAGAGUUACCUUCUGGUUCAACAAUGAGGCAUACCAUUCAUCAUCAUUAUCACUGGCUAUAUUAGACAAUAUUAUGUUUAUGUCACUUUCUGGCCCUGAUGCUUCCAUUACAGUCACCAACAAACCUCAGCCUAAAUAUGGUACUUCUGGUAAAUCUGAUAAAACACAAAUGUCAGGACUAAAUGUAGCCUUAAAUUUGUUUUUUGGUAUGAGUAUUUUCAUCAGUGGCUUUUGUCUCCUGACAGUGACUGAGAGAGUCACUAAGGCAAAGCACAUUCAGUUUUUGAGUGGGGUUUAUGCCAUUAAUUUCUGGCUCUCCGCUCUAGUGUGGGACUUCUUCAUCCUCUUCAUUUCCUGCUGCUUACUGCUGGUGGUGUUUCUGUACUCUGGAUCGGAAGUACUGGUCACGGAUUACCACUUUCUGGACACAUUGUUCAUCUUCAUGCUGUUUGGCUGGUCUGUCAUUCCCUUCAUGUACCUGAUAAGUUUCCUGUUUUCUAGUCAUACCAGUGCCUACAUCAAGCUCGUCAUAUUUAACUACUGUGCAGGGGUUUUUGGUAUACAUGCUAAUGUUAUCAUCUUUUUAAUCAUAGACAAGGAGUCUGCUUCUAAAAGCCACAUGCUUAAUUCAAUGAUGUUGUUACCCAUACAUAAUUUGGGGAUGAGCAUCAGCAGAUAUUAUGAUUUCCAGCAGACAAAAGCAACAUGCGCCUCAAAGAAAAACGUUCCUAUCUUCAUGAAUUGUAGUGAAGAAGCAAUGAAGCGCAGUGUAUAUGGUUUGGAAGCAGAUGCAAUUGGAAGAUUUUUAAUUGCAAUGGCUGUCACAGGACUUAUUUUCUUCCUCUUGAUUUUCCUUCUGGAGACCACCUCAUGGACCGUGAGAACGUUUGUGUUUCGCUCUAUUUUCUUUGGUAUCUACAAGAAAUUUAAUAAAGAAAGAGUGUCCAUGGAAUUAUCUGUAGAAUCUGAAGAUGAAGACGUACGAAAUGAACGAAAUAGAAUCCUGGAGUAUCCUCAGGAGUCACUGAAUUCUACAGUGCUUAUUAAGGAACUUGCAAAGAUAUAUUUUGCAAUGCCAGCCGUUUUUGCUGUGAGAAAUAUCUCUGUUGCAAUCAAAAAAGAGGAAUGUUUUGGGUUGCUUGGAUUAAAUGGAGCUGGGAAAACUACUUCCUUCCAAAUUUUGACUGGAGAGGAGGUUGCUACCUCUGGGGAUGUGUUCAUUGAGCACUUGAGCAUCACGAAAAAUGUCCUAAAGGUCAGAUCAAAAAUUGGCUAUUGCCCACAAUUUGAUGCCUUGCUGGAUUACAUGACUGCUCGGGAAAUAAUGACUAUGUAUGCCAGGUUAUGGGGGAUUCCUGAGAAGCAGAUUAACCAUUAUGUAAAUAAGUCAAUGCAAUCACUGAAUCUGGAGCCAUAUGCUGACAAGUUUAUCUAUACUUACAGUGGAGGAAACAAACGUAGACUGAGUACUGCUAUUGCCCUAAUGGGAAAGCCCUCCGUCAUCUUCCUGGACGAACCAUCAACUGGUAUGGACCCAGUAGCCCGGCGCCUGCUCUGGAACACAGUGACACGCACCCGUGAAAGUGGCAAAGUCAUCAUCAUAACAUCUCACAGUAUGGAAGAAUGUGACGCUCUUUGUACUAGGCUGGCCAUCAUGGUAAAGGGAAAGUUUGUGUGCCUGGGCAGCCCUCAGCAUCUCAAGAACAAAUUUGGCAAUGUUUACAUCCUAAAAGCCAAGAUCAAGAUUGAUAAGGAUGAGAACAAAUUAAAGGAUUUUAAAGAUUUUAUGGCAACAGUCUUCCCAGGUAGUGAAUUAAAACAUGAGAAUCAAGGGAUCCUUGACUACUAUGUUCCCAGCAAGGACAACAGCUGGGGAAAGAUGUUUGGUAUUUUGGAGGAAGCUAAAGAAGAAUUUCAUUUAGAAGACUAUUCCAUCAGUCAGAUUACGCUGGAACAAGUUUUCCUGACCUUUGCUAACCCAGAGAACACAGAAGCUCAUGGUUGA